CUUGGGCCGCAAUGGCAAUGGGAGAAGAAUCACAAUGGGAAGUUGCGGAGAUUGCCAAAGCACUGCAGGAUCACACUGUGGCGAUUGCAGACCUUCAAACCUCUAUGAAAGAGCUUUUCGAUCAUCAAAGCAGUUUGUUGAUCCGUGAGAUUUGUCGUCUCCGGCCUGGUCCAAGCCAAACGAAUUCACCCGAGAAGGUGGUGCCACCCAUCGAAGAUCUGAUCUCUGUGGAUCUCGAUCGCGAUAUGAAGACAAUUGCUCUAUCCACCGAGCCAGACGAGCCGCAGCCCGUCAAGCAAGAUGAUGAGCUCGGUGAGCUUCCGGAGCUACCGCCACAGCCGCCACAGCAGGAGAGGAGUUCCCUCAUGAGCAUUUUUUCAAACCGGACCACCACGACCACGCAGCAGACGGUACGGAACACCGCCCAGAGUGUGCAGAUGGCGCGCACUGAGACGAAUGUGUCAAUGGUUCCCAUGAAGCCUGGAGUCAGCGAAAUGGUGGUGCAAUCUUCAACCACUCAGUCGCAGCAAGCAAGCCGUUACACCUUUGUUGGACAACAACUUCUCAAACACAAGGAGAACGCCACUAAAGCUGCCCUCGAACGAGGCUACAGCGCUGUGAACAUAGCACGCCGCGUGAGUCAGUUUCAGCCACACGUGGACCAAUCGAAUGCCACAUCGCCAUACCUCUACGAGCUGGUGACGUCUCGCUCAUUUAUGUAUGUCAUGAUGACUGUUAUCCUCCUGAAUCUCAUCUUGCUUGGGAUUGAGGUGGAGCUAUCGGCUGCUGCGCCGCUGAGUGAACAAAGAAAGCUCUUCUUCUUCGGUUCAAAUAUUGUCAUCGUCUUCGUCUACGCUCUGGAAAUGAUCCUGAAACUCUUCGCUUUUGGGUGCACGGGUUUCUUUUUGGGAACCGACCGAGCGUGGAAUAUGUUUGAUUUCUCCAUCACCACGCUGUCAGUGAUCGAAUCCAUGGGCGAUAUUGUGACCACUGCCUCUGCGAAUGUGGAGUCCAGCUUCUUUCGCGUGGUUCGUUUCGUCCGCUUAGCCCGAGCUUUGCGGGGUAUCAGAGUCAUUCGCUUGAUUCACUAUGUGGGUGCUUUGAGAACUCUCGUGUUUGCCAUUGCCAGCACAGCAGGGUCGCUGGUUUGGACAUUGUUGCUGCUAAUAUUGAUUUUCUACAUCUUUGGGGUCAUCUUCGCCCAGAUUGUUGUGGACAACUGCGUUCUCCACGGGCAAACGUGUGACAACGAGAACCUCGCAUUGUAUUGGAAUGGAGUGGGAACCAGUAUGGUCACCCUCUUCAUGGUGGUUUCUGGCGGAGUCAAUUGGGAAGACAUUUAUCGUCCUCUGAGAGAGAUUUCAAGUAUCGCUGUUGCAGGCCUAGUGAUCUACAUCAUCAUCAGCGUGUUUGCUAUUUUGAACGUGGUUCAAGACUCUUCUGAAGUCGUCAAAGCCGACUAUUGAAGUGUUGCUGGGAUGUUUCUCUGGCACUAGAGACAGCAACAGCACAGCGGCGAAUCGAAAAAGAUUUCGCAAGGUAAGCCUUCUAAAUGUGCAGAUGCCUUGGGUUUCGACCGGUGCGCGCAGUCAUUUGUGCGGAAAACUUCUG